AUGCCUUCAAAUCCAAAUAGUUCACAUAGAACCCCGCCACCACUAACCGAUUAUUCUCUCCAUCUCAAUUCCCUCACCGGCAGUCAUGAGACGGGGCCAAGCGACCCACCAGAGUGGCAUAAUGACUCGAGCCAUAAGGCGACGGCCAACAACGAUGCCAUAGACGUUAAUGUCCCCUUUUACCGGAAAGAAUCUGAUUUAUGGAAUCCGGAGAAACCAGACUUGCAUACUCAAUACCAGGCCGCCCCUCCUAUACCCAUCACGGCGCACAGCAGUAGCGUUGAUGACUACCGCAGCGUCAUCGACGACUUAACACUCGAGAUUCAACAGCUUAGGAAGGAACUCAAGCGCUAUAAGCAACCGGGUCCGGCCCUGCUCCAUAAAGACAAGCUGUUUGAGAUCAAGGUUCAUGGGCUGCCCCAAAAGAAAAAGAGAGAACUCGAAGCCAUACUGAGAGACCUUACCACCGAUCUCGAUGGGUCUCCAGAGGUGUCAUCAUUGCAAAAAAGGACAAAGAUAUCCCCCCACAACCGCGAUCACAUAUACUCCAAAUCUGGUAUUCAGCGCAAACGUGCUCCUUCCUCUCCAGGUUCCAGCCUCCGGCCAGCUGACUCCGCUUAUGCCUCCAGGUCGGCUGGUGCCGAGUCUUCAAGCACCUCUUUUAACCUCCCCAUCUUGACUUCAACCCAAUCAUCAAAGGGCAAGGUCGAGGAUUAUCUACGAGAUGUUCCCGACGGCCUGUACCCACGACACGUAAUCAUGACAGACAAGGACCGGAAGAGUCUCGUUGUUCGUCGUCUCGAACAGCUCUUCACAGGCAGAAGUAACGGUGCCGAUAUCUCGAAGAUUCCGCUUAUGCGGCCGGGUGGCAGCUUCAUCAUGGCGCGCGUUGUAGCAGACGCACAGGUGGCGGACCCAUCAUCUGCCCACGAACCACCCACUCGUGUAACUGAGCCUAUCCGGGAAGCCAGAAUCCUCCCUCUAGAACAACGAUCUCGCACUUGGGGAAACAAGUGUCAUUCAAGUGACCGUGGGUCGGCUUCUGAUCCCAAUAAGGACAACAUGGAGACCGGAGGCAAUGAUAAAGGCUUGGUCUCUGGUACCAAGCCGUUUCCCCCACUCCCGCUUCUGCCAAAACAGCGACCAACGCGACCUUGUGAUUUGGACCCCAAUCGUGCGCAGAUUCCGUCUGAGAAUAUGGACUACAUCCGGCAUUUGGACCUACUGCUGCCCGGGUUAUUGCCUGGACAGCAGAGUAUCCAGGACGUCCACCUAGACGCUGAAGGCUGGGUGUCCUUGAACCUGCUGUACAACUUGGCCCAGCUCCACUUGAUCAAUGUGACACCAGACUUCGUUCGCUCCGCCGUAUCCGGAAUCAGCACCAGAUUUCAACUAUCCCCUGACGGGCAUAAAAUUCGAUGGCGAGGCGGAUUCAAAGAUACCAAGUUCAGUAGCCACAGCUCUGGCUACGACUCGCAAGAAAGUCCUUCUAUCGACGAUAUCCAGGGUUCGGAAAAGAAACGUAAACGUGAGAAGACUAGCCCAUUUAUUAGCAAUGAAUCCCAGUCCUGCGGCUCAAGUAAGGAUAUGCCUGCAUUUGAUCCACAGCUUUGCGCUCGAGUUGAAAGUUUCCGCUACAAGCCAUUGUUUGCUCAGCAGGAUUCGUCAGAUGGGCACACUUCACGGGAUGUGUCAGUUGGCUCUCCUAUAGUCGUGGACGACGAAAAUCCUGGCGAGUCGGACUUGGGCUUGAAAUACUCCGCAGGGUCGGUUGGCAAAUGGCAACGCCACGAAGGUGCUAUCACAUACUAUAGCGGUGCACCUUUCUGCAUUGAUUUGACGGGUGAUCCAGAAGAUCUAUCACCAACCACUCGCACGCCCUCAAGCGCCCAAACUAGAAAGGAUUCUCAGCAACCAUCAGAAUUCGCUCGGUCUCCUCGACGAACAACAUCCGGGUCCUUCAUCGGUUACAGGCCGUUGACGGAUCGAUGCCAAGACCUGCGUCGGCAGACACCAGCCAUGGGCGAGGAUAAUAAUGAAGUUCAGGGCCUGAUAAACGAUGACAGUGAACAAAGCAGCGAUAUCGAGCUGGAUUUGAUUUGGAACGACGAUCAGCAGUACAUGGGGCAACAGCCCUUGGAACCCUGCGGACUUGGUGGUGUUCUCCCCGAUGAUCACUUUAUGGUAGUGGUCGAUACGAAGCGGCCCAAGCAAGAUAUCCUCCCAUGGUCUUCCGAGCCUCAGAGUGGGAGGUCGAAUGAAAGCAUAGAGGGGAUCAUUCAUCGACGGGCAGCGAUAUUAACUUCUUGUCCCGCCCCCGGCGGUUCAGAAGCAAAAACAAUCGAAGAAUCACCGUCUAUCGGGAUUGAGUAUCUGUCAUGGCGCAUCGAGAGACUGAUACCAGUUCCACUGCCAUCCCCUGCCAGGUUUUUCCCGCCGUUUAGCACCGAUAAUUCCACGUCCGGCGAAGAUGAUGACCUAUCUAUAGAUGCAGAUAAUAUUGGGUCGACAGAGGAGCAUAUGAGCUGAUGGACGAACUCAUGCCAUUCCGAUAGCUACUCUAAGGGCGUCGAUGUUAGCAGCGGCGUCGAUGCUGGUGAAGUUCCAGACGAAUUGUCUCGAGACUAGAACCUGUAUCGUGUUAAUCAAGAAACUGCGGCGAGGAUCUUGCUUAACCGCAUUCGGGAGGCCGCUGCUACACCGAACAAGAAAACCACUACAGGCAUCGUCUAAUGGGAUAAUUAUAGUUCUGCUGCUAGUGCUGGAGCAGAAGAGAGCGAAUAUAAUAGCAGUUGCCAGGAGUUCCUGAACAACUCAUGAUUUUCCAGAGGGAAAUAUAGUCGCAGCACGAAUAUUCUAAGGACAAAUUUACCCUCAAAAUUAUUUAAUAUCCUGUGUGGCUACUAUUCUAUUUACCGCUUAUCUUCUUCGAUAUAAACG